GUCCUCCCAGCCAUCCCCCUCCAAGCAGGCUGAGGAAGAGGUAGCAAGCCCUCACCUAACUUGACCCCCUUCUGGUCCUUCCCCGCUGCUAGCUUCUCCCUUCUCGCUGCCUUGCGGGGUGGGGAAACGCGGAAUUCUGGGAAAACCAGAUGUCUGGAUUCUCUAUUCCCGUCUGGCUGGAUUCUGGACAAGGCGUUUCCUCUCCAGGGCCUCUGCUUCCCCAUCUUUAAAAUGGAGUGAUAACAUAGACCUGUCCACCUUUCAGAGGUGCCCGAAGCCCUGACGAAUAACAGAUGAGAAGCAGUUUUCGUUGUGAUGAACCACUGAAUCAGUUGCACCGAAGGAGCGCCAGACCGUCAGCGGUGCAGUGGUCCUUGCAUCCUUCACAUUCCCCUACACCCAUCCCGUGGAUGAUGGAGGAAGGCACUACUCCUGGGGUUCCCGUAGUGGAUCCUGGGACUGAGACGUGGGGAAGCGGUGAGAGGCAGCCCAGAAGCUGAGUCCAGAGGUCUGGGGUGUCACUGCCCCAGGGCGGACCCAGCCCCAGACCCUACAACUAAACCCAAGGCCAGCCAAGAAACACAACCUCUGGCGGGCUGAACUGAGCUCUCAUUCUUCUCAGGACUCUGGACCUUUGGAGAAAAUGAAAGGGACCCAGUUGGAAAUGAUAGUCCUUCUUCGCUCCCCCUACGUCUCUCUCUCGCGGCGGAAACGCAGCCCAAACUGUUCCGAAGUGGAAGAGGCUGGAUAGCUCUUCACAGUUAACCAGGAAUGGGAAAUUUGAGCAGGUUUACUUGAAGGAAAAAUUAUAGCCUCACCCAUUCAUUCAUUAUUUCAACAAUUACUUAUUGAACACCUGCUACGUGGCAGACAGUAAGAGUCUGGAUAGUUUCUCCCCGUUUUUCAAAGCCGCUAAACGCGACUAGAGGGCAGAGGCGAGGCCGGUAACCUAGGAGUCCUGGCUCCGCCCCCUCCGCCUUUGGCCUUGCCUGCUCCUCCUCCCGUCACCACUUCGCUCAGAGGCGGCUACUGGCCCAAGAAGACGACAGAAGCCAGUCAGUCUCUGAUGCCCACCGCAUUCUCCAGCUUCGGGCCUGAAGCCCUGUAGCCGAGAAGGCGAGGUCUAAUGUUACACCACCGGUCUGUUCCGCCUCCGUUUCAGGGUCCAUCCGAAAAGCUUUCAGAUCGGAUCCUCGUUGAGACGGCACUCGAUUGAAUCGGUCUGUCUCUACAGGCCAAGGAGGCGGGUUUGGCACAGCCACUCCAAGGCCAAACCGGGGGAAGCUUACUGCGCACGCGCAAUAGACAGCUUAAGGAGCCACCGAUGGAGCCGUCCGGAGGGGAGCAAGAGCCCGGAGCCGUCAGGCUCCUGGACCUGCCCUGGGAAGACGUGCUGCUCCCUCACGUCCUGAACCGGGUACCGCUGCGCCAGCUGCUCCGGCUGCAGCGCGUUAGCCGGGCCUUCCGGGCACUGGUACAGCUUCACCUGUCCGGGCUGCGUCGCUUCGACGCCGCGCAGGUGGGUCCGCAGAUCCCACGGGCCGCAUUGGCCCGGCUGCUGCGGGACGCCGAGGGGCUGCAGGAGCUGGCGCUGGCGCCGUGUCACGAAUGGCUGUCAGACGAGGAUCUGGUGCCGGUGCUAGCGCGGAACCCGCAGCUGCGGAGUGUGGCGCUGGCCGGCUGCGGGCAACUGAGUCGCCGGGCGCUUGGGGCGCUGGCCGAGGGCUGCCCACGCCUGCAGCGCCUGUCGCUCGCGCACUGUGACUGGGUGGACGGGCUGGCGCUGCGCGGCCUCGCCGACCGCUGCCCGGCCCUGGAGGAGCUGGAUCUCACCGCCUGCCGCCAGCUCAAGGACGAGGCCAUCGUGUACCUAGCGCAGAGGCGUGGCGCUGGCCUCCGCAGCCUCUCGCUGGCCGUCAACGCCAACGUGGGGGACGCCGCGGUUCAAGAGUUGGCUCGGAACUGCCCAGAACUCCAGCACCUUGACCUCACCGGCUGCCUCCGCGUCGGAAGCGACGGUGUCAGGACAUUGGCCGAGUAUUGCCCGGUGCUGCGCUCGCUGCGAGUGCGGCACUGCCACCAUGUGGCCGAGUCCAGCCUCAGCCGCUUGCGGAAACGCGGCGUAGACAUCGACGUGGAGCCGCCGCUGCACCAGGCACUGGUGCUGCUGCAGGAUAUGGCGGGCUUCGCACCUUUUGUCAACCUGCAGGUCUGACCCUGCCAAUCGGAGCACAGCUGGACUGUGUGGCUGAGGCCUGACACUGAGCGGUAGGGAAACUGAACUGUGGGGACCUCUGGUGAGAGGCCAGUGCCCUGCCCCACCCUGGAGCUUCAAAUAAAGAGCUUUUUACCCCCU